AUGUUUGGUAGAGGUAGAGGAACUAGAGGCACUAAUGAUCUCAUGGAACGCAUGGCUCAGAUUCUGGAAGCCAUGGUGCACAAUCAAGGCGGAGAACCGGCUGAGUAUCGAGGGUUGUUUGCCUUCACUAGACAUGAUCCUCCAAAGUUUGAGGGUGAGUUCAACCCUAAAGGAGCUCAAUGGUGGGUGACUGAUGUGGAGAAGAUCUUCAAUGCAAUGGGGUGCCGUGAAGAGAAUAAGGUUGCCUAUGCCACCUAUUUACUGUGUGGGGAGGCUGAGGACUUUUGGAGGUUUGCCAGGCAGACCUUGCCACAAGAAGAUGGUUAUAUACAGUGGGAAGCAUUCAAUACCAUCUUCCUAGGGAACUACUUUCCCUGGGACCUAAGGAAGCAGAAAGCUAGGGAGUUCCUUGAGAUGAAGCAAGGAAGUAUGACUGUAGGAGAAUAUGCAGUUAAGUUCCAAGAGCUGAUGAAGUACUGGCCUCAUUAUCAGCAUGGUGAUGGAGAGAAGGAUUUGUGUGCUCAGUUUGAGCAUGGAUUGAGGCCAGACAUUCGGGCUGCAGUCACUGUGUUUCAACUGACGGACUUGCCCACUCUGGUGAGCAAGAGCAGAAUCUUUGAAGCCAACUCAAGGAGGAAUACAGUGGACACUAGGGGAGCUGGUCCGGUGAGGCAAGAUAGGAGACCCCCUAGGUUCUCAAGGGGACCGUAUUCAGGCUCAAAAUAG